CAUGGCGGACGACUCGAGAGGAUAGGCUACGAUCUUUCAAUGAUAAGGCACUUUCAUGCCUUAGAUCWGAAGAUCCGCCGUUUUUGCUAACUUACAGACAUCAAUAMCGACUAUGUAGACCGUUGAAAAGSUCCUUGCCUUCUAACUUUACACGGAAUCAAAGAACAGACCCAAAAAAAUCAGAAUUGGCCGCAUGAAAACAGAUGUUGUUCAUUUGAUGCCGACGCCUCGCAAUCGGCUGAUACACUGUUCAUUUGACAAAKCMACAAAGAAGCUGYCCUAAAGRUUUYGAAGGAAUUCAAUCGCUUUAAUACAGGGAGAAGAUGUCUAGACAGAGGUCAACCAAAGCCGAACAAUUCAAUGCCAAAAUACAUGGCUUGAGAGAAAUUUAUAAACGUUUGGACAGCAAAACCCUACCCCUCCCCACUGGAAAUGAUGUGGCAAAUUACUUACAGUGGUUUCAAGAUGUGUUGCAAGGGCUUGUAAGGGAAGAAAGGCCCAGCUUAACAGAAGACAAACAGAGAUUUGACAUCCAGAAAUACCCAGCCAUGGCAUAUGUUGACUUAUUCAAAGUCUUGAAUAAAAUGGUUAAAGUAGUUCCAAACUGUGAAUUGGGAAGUGAAGCAUUUGCCAAGAAUAUAUUGUCMAUCAUGGCAUCUCUCAUCCCAUUUCUUCCCAAAGAGCACUUGGAUUCCUUGCCAAUGAUGGUGGUCAUGUACUUGUCGAUAUGGCCUGAAACCUUCCAUGGUUAUGUGUUCAAUCUUCUGUGUGGAUAUGUAAUGCCAGUUGGACUUAGUAUUCUAAAGAGUCCAGAUCCAUCACUGUCAUACGCUGUUCUGUCUUGUCCUUCGCUACUGAUGAACGUACUUCAGUACUGCCCCGAUUCCAAACAACAGGCCCAGUUUGUGGAGACAUUGAUGCAGUAUAAGACAGACGUUUGUCUUGAUAUAAUGGCGGUUAUUGCAUAUGGACCACAGUCGAUUCUCAAUUCAGCAGGGCAGAUUCUAUUGCAUUAUUUCCCUUUAGGGAAUUCAGGAGCAAGCGCUGAUGACUGGCAGUUCAUGUACGAGUCUUGGUACCCAGUCAAAUGUCAAAACUUGUCCUGUAUGGUCCCAAACCAAAACCACUGUGUCAAGAUAUGCUUUGACGCAUCGUACGCCGCCAGUAAAUGCGAUCUAGCUCCYCCAGUAUUUAUAUGCGCAAAGUGUUCCGAGCUCGCUUCCAAGGAGGUUCCAAACUUCAACCAAUUUUUUCUUGAYCUUCUGGACCCUCUCGGCCCAGUGCCCACUAAAUGUCAGGGUGAGACGUGCAAAGGGCAAGGGAUUUCUAGUACCAUGAUGUGCUUUUCUCCUGAAUGUGCAAAACGGAACAAGAAUCGAGGGACAGCCAUGUGCCAAGACUGUAACGAGCGUUACCAUGGUGACGGAGAAGGCUCAAAGCAUGUCGUACAAUCCUUGAUACCAGACCCCUGGACCAUGAAAGGCUGUGAACAAGCUUAUGUCUCAGAAGCUGUGGUCAGAUGCUGGGAUUCUUUUACGAGUCCAGUGCGUCUUUUAAUCGAAGGUCUUCACAGGGUCACGUGUUUGAUACCAUAUCAACUUGUUGAUGUCGAGGUAUGGGAUACUAUAAUGCCUCUGUGGAUGGACGCUAUUAAGACAAAUGUCCCUCAAGAUGAAUURGGGAAAUUUAGAGUGUUGCUAUGUAAAAUAUUUGAUCCUUUCAUUUCGCCGUUUAAACUUCCGUCUGAAAUCAGCCUUGGUUUCGUCAAGAAAAUGCUCGAAGACUCGAAUGUGUAUAGCGAACAAGUACAGGCCUUGACCUGGCUUCAGAUGCUCUCAACGUUAGAAGUUGUCAUCAAGCUCCACAUGCUGACUUCAAUGUUCAUCAAAGCAAUCCAGAACCAACUUGAUCAACCAGAUACCCUACCUUCCAUGUUUCCCUUCUCCUACGAGGAAUCCCUUGACAAGAGAGACUCGAUAAUGUCUUCUGGUAGCGCUUCUUCGUCUAACCAAGAGCAACCAGCGCCCGACGCGGCCUCCCUGGGAGAGCCUCAGGCUUCAGCUGAUAGUAAAGUUACUUCGGAGAAGGAAGCUAUUUCAAAUUUGUCUUCCUUUAUAAUUAUGUUGGACUUGUUGGUCAAGCAGGUUCAACUUCAGCGUCAAAGAGAAAAACGCAUCCUCAAUAAUAUGGAGCGAGAAGAAAUCAAGAAAUUGCUCAAACUAAUGCUGGAUAUUUCGUGGACCGGAGCUCAUGGCGAUCAUUCUGCCUCGUGCCAGCACUGUGAGAUGGUGGCUGUAUGGUUCCAGUUAGCUUUUAUGUUGUUCGAGGCUGUAUUUACUGUCAAUCCRCGUGCAGAAGACGAAACACUCAACGCUGUGGCGUUUGGAAGUCUUGUUAGAAGUGGKAGCUCGCUAAGUAAAGCGGCUUCGUUCAGGAGUACAGGUUCAAGACGAAGUGCACAAAUAACAGGAACAAUAGACGAAGAAGUGUUUGACGACAACGCAGCGGACAGUCGUUCUACGCAUGCGUCRAUCAGUGCCUGCGAUCCAACAGGAUCAAUUGCUGAUCAAACAAUUGACUCCGACGGGUCUCARGGACAAGGCGAACAAUCCGAAUUAAGCGAGUCAGCGACAUCUUUUUCAGGCAUGCGCACUAUGACAACUAGUAUUGGGUCGUGGAGGAGUGGUACGAGUAGUGCCACGUGGUGCGGCGUCUACGAUAAUUACCCACAACUCCAGUUACUGAUUGGAUUGUUAAAGGAAUUACCCAAGCAACAGGACCACAUCGUCCAGUACAACAUGUUAAAGUGUGUCAAGAUACUUGUUAUAGAUGGUGAUUACCUCAAGAUCGCCAUGGAYGCUGAACCKGAGUUCUUGGCCUACUUACAAGAAAUAUUCUUUAUUCCCAAUUUGUGGGACAUGAUUCGUGCCGAACACUCCAAUCUUUCAGAAAUUUGCGUUGAGAUCCUUCUCCAUUGCAUAUGUCUGCCGUACGGUGCGGAAAAAUUCUGCGACAACGUAGAAAACGCAUUUACUGACGACGACUGGCGGGUGCGCUUCGCUGGCGUCGAGAAAUUCACCGUCAUYGCUCGAUUUCUCGAUAUCGAACAGAUCAAGUCGAACAAACUCGCAAUGUCCGCUCUUGCCCAGUCUUUCACGUUCYUGGUUGGCGCGGUAGAAGACAUUUGCACUCCAGUCUCCACGCGGGCCAUAGCUAUGCUGAAUACGAUCAAGUCCUCUUCACUGAAGACUCUUUACUCGUGUAUAGAACAUCAGUACGACGCGGCACCAAAAGAUCGUCUUCURUUGAUCCAUACSUGUAGGAUACUUCACAGGACUUUGCCUCACUAUACCCCCCUGUGUGGGCAAUUCUUCAUACGGAGAUUUAAGCAUCUUUUAAUUGAAAAUGCUGAUUAUGUGUCGUUUGGAAGCCCUAAAGCGAGAUCGCCUGCGGCUGGUGGUUCGUCUUUUAUUAGUCCAAUGAGUGAGACUGCGACGCCUACAGACGCUGAUGGAUCGAAAAGAACUGAACGUUGGCGUUCGCAGUCGUCUUCAAAAGGAUCUUCUUCCCGUCAGUCACGAGACCUGSCAGGCAACCGGUCUCUCAAGAGUCAGUCCCCUACGUUCCGGUGUAGUUACACUUUCAGAAUGGCUGGCGAUAAAAUAAGCUACAACAGACAUACUUCAAAUUCUUCAGAAGGUGCCUCGACGAGUGGUAGACAGCGCCGSACUGGUGGCUUCAGUUCUCAAAUGGGUCUUCCUUCAGACAUCACUGAUCGAAUGUUUCUCGGCGGACGUAUCGGCGUUGGUGUUACCGCCGACAAUUUAUCGAUCGUUGAAGAAGAAGCUGACUCGGAAAGAGCCGAUAAUGACUCGGCUAAAAUUUCUCGUGCCUCAUUAGAGUCGGCGCACAGCCAAGAACCGGCCCAGGCCACCACCCAAGAGAGCGGUGACCUCGAGGCAGCUGCCACACACCAGCUUGUUACCUUGGUGAUGGACUUCCUUGCCUACCCAGGMGUUAAGGAAACAUCGUCAAAGUUUGUGAAGACAGAGAGCUACGAAGUAGUUCAGAUGAGUCAUUACUUGGGGGUGUUGAUGGGAUAUGACAUCAAAGUAGGCGAGUUUACUGGUGAUCCACGAAGACUGAGGUUGUUUCCAGUCUUCCACGCGUACAUGAGUGGAAUAGUCCCAGUCCUCGAUCAGAACCACGACUGGGGCGAAGAGCUGAUCAAUCUUACUCURCAACUGUUGCUGUUUUGCGCUGCACCUAAGUCACAAAAGAGAAUCGAGCAGCCAGACUUUACUCUUAUCAGGCUCAGUCAGCCAAUGAGACGUACCUGGCUAAUGACCUUACUCAUCAUACUGUAUAAGUACCCAUUCUUCCACGAUUCCCACAGAAGGGACACAAAGAACCUUAUUACGGUGGUGAUAAAUACACUAGAGGCCCAUGACCAUAAAUGUCCUGGUCCAAGAAGUGCCAUAAAYAAGAGCAAAAGUACCUCAAUGUUGGACAUAGACGCCAAUGCUGACGACGGCACAUUGAGACCAGAUACUCCUGGCAGUCCUAGGUACAAACGCACAGAAACAAGCCGUUCAUCGCCAACAUACAAGCAACGUCUGUCAACWUGCUCCACAGAAGUUCCUGAUAAAGAGUUCAAGACGGAAGARGACCCUAAGAACCUACCUCUAAUGGCGAUUCACGAAACAUCGUUUGUCGGUCCCGACUCGCCACAACAAAAAGCAACCACYAGUACUCCUUUGUUGGAGUUUAACACAGGGGUGGGKAGUUCUCGUGGUGGUAGUUCGGGUGCUUUGACAGACGAGGAAAGAAAUGCAGAGCUGCGUCCAUUGAUUGAUGGGCCGCCUGAUAAAGUUGUCGGCAAAAAAGUUUCAGUSGAUUCCACCACAAGYCGAGAUACCAAGGACAGCCUAGAAGGUGUCCUGUCCAUUGGCACGGAUGAUGGCCGAAAGSUCUCUCGCCCCAAGCUCUUAGCCGGAGUGUCAAUGCGGUCAAUGGACCAUUCUAUUGAAAGGUCUUUGGACAAGUUCAUAGAGACCGCGGGCGAUAAAGAGCCUGAGCUACAAGAUAUAGACCUUGAUGUGUGCCCUGAAUGUGGAGCUACUCUUGAGGAGUUUGACGAGGAAACGCUAAACAUGGCAAUCGUUGUUUUGUCGACUUACGUACACCAGAGUCCUUCAAUGGCUAUGCCGUAUUUGUUAAGAAUGCUGGAAUGUGUUGGAAGAAAGUGCGUCCAUCCGAUGUUUCCUUGGCAAGACAAGAGUGAUGUCCUUGUUCCUGGUUCAAACACCGAGGUUGCCAAGCAGUUUCUAAGAUGCGUCCUUAUCAAACUGGCUCCAAAUGGAAUUUUCUCUGAACUUUUCCGUACGUCGUUUGAUGAUGAACUUUUGUUGAAAGCAAUUGCCUAUGCUUUGAAUGACUAUUCUGCGUUUGACCAGAUGUCRCCUAUUGCUUAUUUGCUAGAGGACAUUCUCGGAUUUCGMACAUUAAGUGAUCGUGUUAUGCUUCUUUUGACGAAUCUUUCGAUGUACUUCAAACACGCCUCCAAAGAGACGACCAGCGCAUGGUCCAGUCAGCUAUCACACUUUGAAAACUUCUUCAGAAAACUACCCUCUGCGCUUCCAGAAAACUGUGACAUUACUCCAGCAUUCCAAAUCAUGAGCUGCAUUCUGACAGCCGCAAAUUCAUCCUUUAAGGAACUGCUUCAUCCUUUCGGCCAAGUUAUUGCUUUUGGAAUCAACAAGGCGUCGUUUCAACUGCAAGACUUGCUUGAUUUGUGUUCCAAGUGCAAUGAAACCUUUCCUAAGUUCUUGGCCAUUGAUGCUGGUAGUAGAGUAACAUAUGGUGGAAAUAGAGACAGCACCGAGUAUUCUCUUCCUUUUGGGUCCCGCACCCGCGCCAUGGAUUGUAUACAGAACUAUCUAAUCGAAAUCGUGGAGUUUAUCAGAGAUUGGCACUUUACGUCGCGAUCAAGUAGCGAAAACAAGCGUCUAAGUGAGCCGAACCUAAACUUAGACACUAUCCCUAUUGACCUGAAAGCCGCCAUGUCCCAGCUUGCUGCCCUGGAGUUAACCAAGCGACCUAAAUCCAGCAAAUUAUAUACCAAGUCACUUACSUGGCUGAAAAACCCACCAUCGGCUUCGCAACUCGGGUAA